GGCGGUUGCUCCUCUUGCCAGCCAGCGCACUCAAAUCUGGGUUAUGUUAAUUUGGUCUUUGUGCCGGAAUGCUAUAGAGUACCUAUUUGUUGGAAUCAUCCAGAACCCCCUGGAAAAUCCCUUCAGCAUUGUUUCUUCCCCUUACACGGAAUACCCUGGCUUUUUUCAGACAGGAUUUCAACCGCUAUAUUCAGCCCCAUCAUCUGCUCUGAGCCAGACACGGGCGUUAAAAGAACAAUGGGCAAAAAGCGUAAGCAUGGAGAAUUAUUUCGGGGUUCAGAACCAAGCUCUGAGUCUAUGUCCAGCAAAGGUUUUGGGAUAGGUCAUACUCUAUCUUUUCUUCGCGAGCCUCCUCCUUCUCCUAUUGCUACUGCUGCUCAGCCAUCUUCUGGACAGGUAGAUAGCAAUGGAACUGCCGAAGGCGAUAUAUCCGCCGACUGGGAGGUGGUUGAUCAUAAAGCCAAGAAGAAAAAGAGAGCAGGCAAAGAGAAAACUAAGUACCCAAGUCUCACCUACGCCGAAGGCCAAAUGCAAAAUCCGAUCAAGAUAUCGGAUUUACAGGGACUACUGCUUUAUUGUUUUGCGGACGGAGUUGCUCCGCAAUGGAUAUCAGUGAAGCAUUCCGGGCAUGUCAAAAAGGUUGUUGUGGUUAUGGUUCCUGGCUUGGAGCCUGGGAUGUUUGAUGGCUCGAUACCACUGAUCAAGGAACCUACCGUUGCAUCAACGGCGAAUGGCUCUACUGCGGAAGGAGAAGGGCUCAGCGAAUUUGAACGAUGGAAAAAGGGACUAUCUCCGACCAAAGAUUCACCUCGUUCAAACCCAAAAGCUCUGUCUCGGGAGCAGCUUCCGGAGCCGUUACAGCCCCUAGCUGACAUGUUCCCCCACGUUUGGCCAGUGAAAUCCCCUGGAGAUACAAAAUACAACAAACUCCAUUCUCCGCUCCAGGCGAUUCUCAUGUCAUCCCUUCCGAAAUCAAAGGAAAGCGGACGCGCCUCAGGCCCCAAGCCGCACCGUGGCGAAGCGUCUUGGGUUUCCCAGCGAACACCCAUCACUAGCUUCAUUGCAACUGUUAGCGAUUUAAAAGAGGGAGACUAUGUCCUGCAUCCGGCUCUGUUUGAUGUUGCUGAAGAAAAGCAAGCCAACACAGACAUCCGGGUAAAGGCAGGGCAGACCCCAGAACACGGUUGGGUUGAUACUACCGUGACCCACUUUACCGAAGGAAUCGUUCCUGAAAAGGACAUACAAGGGGGUAGUCUUACCGCUGGCCGGCAGGUGCUGGCUCUUGAUUGUGAGAUGUGUAUCACCGAAGGCGGCGUUUCUGAGCUGGCACGGAUAAGUCUGGUCGGGUGGGAUGGGGAAGUAGUCUUAGACGAACUUGUCAAGCCCCAGCGACCCGUGAUUGAUUAUCUGACACAAUAUUCCGGAAUGACAAAGGAGAAGUUAGACCCAGUUACGACAACACUUUCCGAUGUUCAGAAAAAGUUGCUAGACAUACUGCACCCACGUACGAUACUAGUCGGCCAUUCGUUAAACUCUGACCUGACUGCCUUGAAGUUAACGCACCCCUAUAUUAUCGACACGGCAAUAAUCUAUCCGCAUCCUCGAGGGCCACCAUUGAAAUCGAGCCUCAGGUGGCUAGCCCAGAAAUAUCUCAGCCGAGAGAUCCAAAAAGGCCAAUUGGGCCACGAUUCCAUUGAGGAUGCUAAAGCGGUUCUUGACCUUGUCAAACAGAAAUGCGAAAAGGGGGAGCGGUGGGGAACAGGUGACUCCUUCAACGAAAGUAUUUUCCGACGGCUCUCUAGGGCUUCGAGAGAUAGUCGAGUCGGCCAGGCAGCCCCAGGCGAAGGGAGAACGGGUGCCGUGGUCGACUGGGGAAACCCCGAACGUGGGUUUGGAGCCCACGCUACAGUUGCUUUGGGCUGUCGAAACGAUGACGAAGUGGUGGUUGCGGUGGAUAGGGCUGUCAAUGGAGACGAGGAUGGCCAUCUCGUUCCUGGAGGUGGUGUCGACUUCACCUGGGCAAGAUUACGAGAACUGGAGGUUAUGCGAGGCUGGUGCAAUCGGGUUCCUGGAACGUCGAACACGGACGACUCAGCUCCUGUGGCUGUCAAGCCAUCGUCUGCAGCGGAUCAUCCCGAGUUUCUUGCUCCCGCUGUUGCAAAAUUAGUAGCACAUAUCAAGCGCAUAUACGAUGGAUUGCCUCCGUGUACGCUCUUUAUUGUCUAUUCCGGCACCGGGGACCCGCGAGACGUUGUUCGUCUACAGGCCAUGCACAGGACUUACAUGGAGGAAUUUCGCAGCCGAAAGCCAUGGCAUGAACUGAGCGUGAAGUGGACAGAUACGGAAGAGCAGGCGUUGAAGAAAGCACUAGUAAAAGCCCGGGAAGGGUGUGGUUUUAUGACUGUAAAGUAGUGAGCAUGCUGUCCGGAGUACUCUGUAGGAGAUUAAUAGCAGCCAUAGCC